AGUCGCGUCCAGGCCAGCGCCAAGAGUAAUCUUGAGAAUCAUUUCCUCUGCUAUGGACAGCAAAUAUUAGACAAUUGUGCGGAGUAACUAAAGUAUCCAGCCAAGUGCAACUAAAGUUUCUUGUUAACGCUUUAGUAAUACUAUACAACCAUGAUAAGUCUGAAUCAACCAAGUUUUGCGCAUCUUCGCGAUGGCAACAAUCUCAGCCUGGCGGAGAGUGUGCCUGCCGAAAUCAUGCACAUGGUGGAUCCGUACUGGUACCAGUGGCCCCCAAUGGAGCCGAUGUGGUUUGGCAUUAUUGGCUUUGUCAUUACCGUGCUGGGUGUGAUGUCAUUGUCUGGCAACUUUAUUGUGAUGUAUGUUUUUACGUCGUCGAAGGGGUUGCGAACACCUUCCAACAUGUUUGUGGUUAAUCUGGCCUUCUCCGAUUUCAUGAUGAUGUUCACCAUGUUUCCACCGGUGGUCCUAAACGGCUUCUAUGGCACCUGGAUUAUGGGUCCGUUUCUGUGCGAGCUCUACGGCCUUUUUGGUUCCCUGUUCGGCUGUGUAUCCAUCUGGUCCAUGACCCUGAUUGCCUAUGAUCGUUAUUGCGUCAUUGUUAAGGGUAUGGCCCGUAAGCCUCUGACGGUUACGUCGGCGGUUCUCCGACUUUUAACUGUGUGGACAAUUUGUGGCACUUGGGCUUUACUUCCGAUGUUUGGCUGGAAUCGAUAUGUGCCUGAGGGUAAUAUGACGGCCUGUGGCACAGACUAUUUUGCUAAGGAUUGGUUCAAUCGCUCCUACAUCAUUGUCUACUCCGCUUGGGUCUACCUCACACCACUAUCGACCAUCAUCUUCUCAUAUUAUCAUAUCUUGAAAGCUGUUGCUGCCCACGAGAAGGCAAUGCGAGAUCAGGCAAAGAAGAUGAAUGUCGCCUCUCUGCGCCAGACCGAAGCAGAGAAGAGCAAGGCCAUCGAAAUCAAGCUGGCCAAGGUUGCAUUGACUACAAUUUCGCUUUGGUUCUUCGCUUGGACGCCCUAUACAAUUAUCAAUUAUGCGGGCAUCUUUGAAUCAAUGCAUCUGUCGCCGCUUUCAACAAUUUGCGGCUCGGUUUUUGCCAAAGCAAACGCCGUUUGCAAUCCAAUUGUCUAUGGCCUUAGCCAUCCCAAGUACAAGCAGGUGCUCAAGGAGAAGAUGCCGUGCCUGGCCUGUGGCAAGAACGAACUUGCCGCCGACUCCAGGACGCAGGCCACCACAGAGAUUAGCGAAUCUCAGGCUUAAAACAAAAUAUCGACGACUGCAGCAGACGACAAAGGAGACGACGACUUGUGAUUAUUAUACACAGGCACUGACAGCUUUACAGAAUUUAAAUCAGCAGCCGACUUGGCGUAAUUCUAGUAGAUAUGUGUUCUAAACCUUUGCAUACAAACAAACAAAAAAUUAAAAAAAAGAGAGCAUUCAAAAAAAUGUUUAAAAAAAAUGGAGCGCAAUUUAAGAAGAUAAACUGCAACUGAUACAAAAUCAAACAAAAUUAUCUGGUUUCUUUUCUUUUUCUUGUUUUAAAAAUAGUAUUAAGAUAUUAACUGCUUUAUAAAGCACAUUGCC